CCCGACUGAACAGGAAUGCUGGAAAAACAGUAGAAAAACUCGGUAUCCCGAUGGAAUAAUUGGAUAUCAAAGUGAAAUAGAUGACCGGAAAAGAGUAGGAAACUUUGAUAGCCCAACUGAACAAGUUGUAUAUCAAAGUGACUAUCGGAAAAGGAUAGGAAACUUUGAUAGUCCAACUGAACGAGUUGGGUAUCAAGUGAAGAGAUGA